GCAAGGUUCGGCGGUUUUAGAGGGUUUUGCAAUCAGAGGGAAUGGAAAUAGUGAGAGGUUUAACUUCUUGCUUUUCAAGGUAGAGGAAAAUGGAAAUGGGUAGUAUUUGAAACUACGUUUUAUUGAGAAAAUAUGGGAUAUAGAAUAUGAGGGGAAGCGUAAUUGUGCUUUAUUCUUUGAUCUUUGCAUUUGCUUUCAAAUACUGAGAAUUUCGCUUUGUAACGGAAAAAGGUUUGCACUUUGGAACGAACAACCCUUGCUAAGAGUUUUUGUUUCUGUAUCUGUGGAUUUUAUGUGGGUUGAAUUGGGCUGCAAGGAAUAGUGGCUUCAGACUGAUGAUCAGAUGUCUCAGUUCUGAUUGGAAGUUUUGCAAAUUCCAAUUUCAUAGUGCCAAUUCAUUACCAGAAGCAAGAACUUUGGUUGUUGCAGGCAACAAAGCAGUUGCCUUUGAGAUAAUGUUCUUCUGACUGGGUUCUGUGAGCUCAAGUGAUUGGCAAGAUUUGCAUUUCAAAAUUAGAGCGUGAAAUGCUGAUGUUUCUCUGCGUGUGAUGUGUCCUUCUUGGUGUUAUCUCUGAGAUAUGGUGUUGCAGAAAAGGUUAGACUACGGAUUCAAUGGCUAUCAGGUUCCUCCGACACCCCGAGCUACCAGAUCAGCAAGGAGGAGAGGCUCCUUUAAGAAGAAAGUUGGAGAGAACCAGAUGUGUGCAUUUGACUUGUUGGCCAUUGUAGCUGGAAACUUAUUGCUUGACAAAGAAAGCCCUCCCAGUUCUAGUGAUACUUCAGCUGAUAAAGAUCACUGUAUGGUUGUCAAUGAUAAUGUUAAAAAUGAAUGGCAAUAUGAUGAAAAAAAUAUGAAAAUUCAAGUUCAUGAUCAAGGAAGCCCUGCUAGGAGCUUCUUUGUUUCAGAGCUUGUCUCACUAGGUAAUGAACGAAAUCAUUGUUCCAAAGAAUCAUUGUAUGCGCAGAAUGGUCUCAAUUCAGGAUUAGCUUGUACAGUAGCUACUUCUGAGUGUGCAGAGAGGAUUGAUUCUGAGAUGUUGGUGAACAGCAAAAGCAAGAAUGAAAUAGGAACUUUUGCUGGUAAGUUACACGUAGGCUCCUCUGGGCAUUGGGAGUUUGAUGACUGUAAACUAGAGCACGAAACUGGAAAAGUAAUAAAUGAUGAGCCCGAUAAAUCUGGGAAGGUACAAUGUGGCACUGUGGCUAACGUGUGCAGCUCUGAGGAUCCAGUGGUCUGGGAUGGAAAGCCUCAUGCACUUGUCAGUUCAGACAGCAGUGCCAAGGUGCCUUUGUGUGGGAACAACAUUUCCCAUAGUUCUUACCCCUCAAAUGGGGAUGAUGUAAGUGUAGAUGGUAGAGAUGAUGACGAAAACUCCUCUGGGUGUACUCACCCUAGCACCACAAAAGAAUUCUUUAGGCCAGCUCCACGUGUUGGAGAUCGAAGAAUAAGGAAAGUUUUGGCUUCUAAAUACUGGAAAGUAGCUCCAAGAUUGAAUGAUGUGACACUUUCUAACACUGAUGGUGCUGAUUCAAAGCCUCUUUGCCACAAGAGGAAGAACUAUUACAAAUAUCAGAAAUCUGAAAGGUUAUAUCCUUUCAAAAAGAGGAAGCACUUUGCCUGUGGUUCACAAUUAAAUUCUGAAGGAUGGAUUAGUAAUGAGUUUGUUUGUCAUUCACCUAAGAAGGGCUGCAAUGGAGAUGCUGCUGGUUCCUGUUCAAAGAUGCAUGCUGCUAUUGGGGCCUCAUCUUCUGUUGCAGGUCAGCACAGUUCAUUCCGACCUAGGCAUUCUCACGUGAAGCUUAGGAUAAAGUCUUUCAUGGUACCAGAGCUAUUUAUUGAGGUUCCAGAAAGCGCAACUGUUGGUUUAUUGAAGAGGACUGUUAUGGAGGCUGUGACUGCUAUCCUUGGAGGUGGUUUACGUGUUGGUGUACUUCUUCAGGGAAAGAAGGUUUGGGAUGACGAUAAAACUUUAGUGCAGACUGGAAUUUGUCAAAAUAAUCAAUUGGAUGCUUUGGGCUUUAGCCUAGAGCCCAAUUCUUCUCGAGCUCCCCCUUCUUUGUGUCCUGUAGAUUCUUCCUUUCUGAUUGACACAGCACAACCUGUAAGCAGGUAUCCACCUGCUCCAAGUGUGGUACAUCAAACCACAUACGCGGCUUCUCCUGAGCCUCAUGGGACUAAUUUAGGGAAUUUAAUUGAAAGUGACCAUGAUUCAGCACCCUCUCCUACAGAUAUGUCAUUUGAUAAAAGCACAACAGAUUCAAAAGCUUUGGUUCCUGUGCCAGAAAUGAAUAUAGAAGCACUGGCUGUGGUUCCAGCACAUCUGAAAUCCAAACGAUCUGCGAUUGUGCAGCGCCGAAUUCGUCGACCUUUCUCUGUUGCUGAAGUUGAAGCCUUGGUGCAAGCAGUUGAGAAACUUGGAACUGGAAGAUGGCGUGAUGUCAAACUGCGAGCUUUUGAUAAUGCAAAGCACCGAACUUAUGUGGAUCUGAAGGAUAAAUGGAAAACACUCGUGCACACGGCAAGAAUAUCCCCUCAACAAAGGAGGGGAGAGCCUGUCCCCCAGGAGCUCUUGGACAGGGUCCUGACUGCACAUGCUUACUGGUCCCAGCAACAAGCCAAGCAACAGCUCAAGCAGCAGCAACCAGAGACUUGCCUUCUCCUCUGACAGCUCUUAAUGAAGAGCCGAGGACAAAAAUAGACUAUUUCAUGUGUAUUCUUGUUAUUUUCAUGUGUAAAUGAAAAUAUGAGUCUCAAAGAAUUCUCAUGUAGUAUGUUCUGGCUCUCGCCUCGAUUCUUUCCCUUCAUGGAGAGGUACGGCACUUGUAAAUCAUGAUGGAAUAAGAGCUUUGAGACGGGAUUCAUUUUAA